GUUUUCAGUCACGCAAUGGCUGCCAAAAGAAUUAGAUUGUUUCAAUAUUUUUCAUCUUAAUAAACAAAAGUGAAUCCUUUUUCAUUUAAAAUACAGUGAAAUCUUUAAAGUUUUCAAUACAAUAGAAAGCACUCUUUUUAUUUCAAUGAAAAUAUUUCGUUAAUUAAGAUCAAUUAUUGUGAAAUGACACUAUCAUUUUUUGUGACAGAACAACCUAACCUAGUUCUAUCAAACGUAUCAUCUAUUUUGGGAAAUUCCAAUAAAUCAAGAAUUAUUUCAAAGAAAUAUUAUUCGUACAAUUAUUUUGUUUAAGUUUUUCACAUUGGGAAAAAAAAAGUGGUUUAGUGAUUUAAUAACAAUAUUUUUGUGAAUGUAAUUAAUGUGACACUUUGUAUCUUUCUUUAACACUUGUGCGAUUCCAUUGUUAAAUUUUUGCUUGAUUUGGAAACUAAUUAAACAUUCAAAAUCACGAUAAUGCAUGAAUCGACAAGUGGACACAGCACGUGACAAGUGUCAUUGGAAAAUCCCGCGAAAAUUUUUGCAUCGCAAAAGGCAUUGUGUUUACCAACAAACAGAUACAGUUUAUAACCCCAUUUCAAUAAUUUUCUUUUGGUGAAACGAUAAGAGAAAGUUGAUCGCAUCAUUUUUUUUUUGUUUCAUUUGAAUAUGUAUAAUUUCUGAUUUGAAAAGUAAGAAAAGAGAAAUAUUCGAUAAAUUUUAAAAUAACUGUUUUUUUUUUUUUGUUUGUAAAUACGCAUUAUAAUGUCAAUGGAUAUUGUCGAAGAUGGAUUUAUAGAGCAUCCACGAUCUAUAAUUCAUGUGGAUAUGGAUUGCUAUUAUGCCCAAGUGGAAAUGAUUCAACAUCCUGAGCAUAAAGAUAAACCACUUGGAGUUCAACAGAAAAAUUUAGUUGUAACAAGUAAUUAUCUUGCUCGACAAUUUGGUAUAAAAAAAUGUAUGUCAAUACAAGAGGCACUUUCACUUUGUCCAGGAUUAAUUUUAAUAAAAGGCGAGGAUUUGACAAGGUAUCGUCAAAUAUCGACGAAAAUUUUUGAAAUUUUACAACGAUAUACUCCAUUUGUCGAGAGAUUGGGACUCGAUGAAUACUUUAUUGAUGUGACAUUGCUUAUUGAAAAAAAUAAUUAUCCACGAGAAUCUGAUUUAUUGGGAAAUGAAAAUUUUUUCGGUGAACCAGAUGAAGAAUGUCCUUGUGGAUGCCAUGUGAGAUUAUUAGCUGCCUCAAGAAUAAUCACUGAUAUUAGACUGAAGAUAUUCAAAGAACUUGGACUUACAUGCAGUGCUGGAAUUGCCCAUAAUAAAUUAUUAGCAAAACUUGGAGGAAGCAUUAAUAAACCAAAUGGACAGACUUUAAUUUAUCCAUUUGCUGCUUCUUCUUUACUCACUUCAAUGGGACCUGUUUCAAAAAUUCCCGGUGUUGGACAAAAAAUGACAGAACUUUUACAGAUGAACAACAUUACAACAAUUGAGGACUUGAGGAAAAUUCAAUUGGAUAAAUUGGAAUUAAAAAUUGGCAAAGAUAUGGCGAGAAAAUUAAAAGACUGGGCCGAGGGAAUUGAUGAUUCAGCGGUGAAGCCAUCGAGUAAACCACAAUCAAUUGGCCUUGAGGAUGGUGUGAAAAAUAUUUCACUUGUCGAUGAAGUUGAAUCACGACUUGGUGCAUUAUUACGAAGAUUAACUGAACUUGCAACUGAGGACGGUAGAAUUCCCGUGGCAAUGAAAUUAACAGUACGUAAACACGAUAUGAAUAAACCAAAUUCGGGAAAAAGAGAAACACGACAGUGUGCAUUACCACAACAUAUUUUACCAUUAACAAAAAAUGGCGUCUACGAUCAUACAAAAAUGCUUGCACUUUUAAUGAAACUCUUUCAUCGUGCAGUUGAUGUUACAAAACCAUUUCAUUUAACACUCCUUGGUGUGGCGUUUACAAAAUUUCAAGAACGUUCCUCAGGACGAAGUAGCAUCACGUCAUUUCUUAGAAAACAAGUCGCCGUACAAUCCGUCCUUGAUAUUAGUUCAGAUGAGGGAAUUCUCGAUACAAAAGUUGGUUCGCCAAUGAGUACAAAUCAAGACAGUAAUGAUGCUUCCGAUUGUUCACUUCCAAAUUUGGAAAAUAGUUUACUAUCAAUUAGUUCUGAUUCAAUUAACAGUUCAAAACUUGCAAUUGACAAUGACGAGGAUUUGCCAAGUGAAGCGGAACCAUCGCCAAAAAAAACAAAACUCGAAGUUUGGCUAAGGGAAUCACAUCGAGAAUCGCCAAGCAAUGAAAUGGCAAGUUUACGUCUUGGUCCAUCAUCAUCGAUCUCAAGUACGCCGUCCAGAAAGGAAUCUGUUGUUUUUCAAUCCUUGCCACUCAAUCUCCAAAGAGAAAUGAGCCAUUGGCCUGUGGCCAACAAAACAAAACCGAACAAUAUAUAUAAACAAUUUAUAACUAAUAAGUGACAGUGUUAUGUAAAUACUUGGCACUUCUUUUAUAUAUUUUUAAAUAAAAUUUGUAUAAAACCAGGUGACAGUACUGUGUUAAAGAGUUAAAAAAGAAAUGCAACAGAAUAUAAAUGAUAUUUUCGUCAAAAA